GGUCCCAUCCUGCUUUCACCUCCCUGUGCUCUCUCCACAGCCUGGUCCUUGGCAAGCUGGACCAUCACCACCCCGACAUUAUGGCCUCCAGCACAGGUGGGAUGAGAUGCCCCAGCACAGGAGAGGCAGAGGCCAGUGGUGCCCGGUAAGGGGCCAUGCAGUGGGGAGAGAUGGUGCUGUUGGGGUUCACCUGCAAAUCUGGGAUAGCCAAAACCAGGGGUUCCCCAUGGAGCAGGAGAGGCAGAAGGAGCUGAGCGCUGCCAUGGGGAGGGGGGAGCACAGCAAAUCUAAACCCAGGGAGCUGCCAUCCUUUGCAGCCUAAACCCUGGGAGCCCUUCCCUGGUCCUGCUGACUUCCAUGUGGACAAGGAGGACAGGGGAUGGGCACCCAACAACUGCCUCCCGCCACCAUCCUGGCACAAUGAAGAAUGUGACCAAGGACCUGAGGAGUGCUGCGGAGAGGGCUGGUACCCGCCCUGGCACUCUGAGCCCAGACCCUUCCCUGGCCCUGAUGACUUCUAUGGGAAUGAGGAGAACAGGAGGUGGGGACCCCGUGAUGGGUUGCCUCCACGCCACUGGGACAAUGAAGAAUGUGACCAAAGACCUGAACCUUGGUCCUGUGACCCCAGGCCCUUCCCUGGCCCUGCUGACUACUAUGGGAAUGAGGAGGACAGGGGAUGGGCACCCAGUGACUGGUCCGCUCCAUGCUUUUGGGGUGCCAGAGAUGAUGGAGGACCUGAGGAGUGUUUUGGAGAGGGCUGGCACCCGGAGACGAUGCCACCCAGCCCUGACCGCUCUACCUGGCGUGAACUCCCCAAUGAGAGGCAGCAGCUACCCUGGCCCCCUGCCCACCAGACAGGGUGAGUGCCUGUGCCCAUGGUGGGGGACACGGGGCCAGGCUCUGUGGCCAGGCACAGCCAAGGAGGGGGAUGCAGCUUUGGAGCUGGCUCAAGGUCAGGGGGUUGCACUGGAGAUCCCUUCCAGCCUCAAUCCCAUCUCCUGCAUCUGCCUUUGCUCCUGCAGGGAGCGAGGCGGCUUCCAGGAUCACUGCAAGCCCUGGGGCUUCCAUGGCCCUGCUAGGAGACACUGCCAACGCCUUCACAGAGGCCCCCAGAAGUUAGCCAUGGUCCUGCGCCCGCUGUGUGCUCGGCCCAGAGGUGUGUGCCUUACACUGUGCUCAGCACCAGCUCCUCAUCGCUCAGCAUCAGCUGCUUGGGCAGAGCGAGGAGUUGCUCCCGUUGUGUUUCUCACUCCACAGGGUAUUGCCCACCCUCUCAGUCCACUCCCUGCUCCCUGA